AUGAGCUUAUUCCGAAUGCUCGAUCUCCGAAGCGGCAGCAUCACCAUUGACGGCAUCGACAUUACCAGAAUUCCACGGGAGGAAAUUCGCGCACGCCUCAAUGGCGUCUCUCAGAGUUCUCUCUUGCUCAAGGGAAGCGUGCGGUUCAACGCCAACCCGAUAGGCACAGACACCAUCUCAGACCGAGCAAUCGUUGACGCAUUGAGAACUGUCAAUUUGCACACAAAAGUUCUCGAGGGCGGCGGUCUAGACGCAGACAUAGACGGAAUACACCUAUCCCACGGCCAGAGACAGCUCUUUUGUCUGGCCCGGGCAAUUCUCCGCCCCGGUAAUAUUCUUGUCCUUGAUGAAGCCAUGAGCAAGUAUGUCCCCAAUCCUUCACCCCUGAAACUCGAACCCUCAGCAUCCGGCUCUCGCUCAGAAGCUAACAGCAGCAACAGUGUCGAUACGAGAACAGACGAACUAAUGCAGCGCGUAAUCCGCGAGAAAUUCAGCUCUCACACUGUGCUCACUGUAGCCCACAAACUCGAGUCCAUCCUCGACUACGACAAGGUCGUCGUCCUCGAGGAAGGACGGAUCAUCGAGACCGGAGUCCCAUAUGACCUGUUAUCCCAGGAUGGGUCUCAUUUCCGAAGACUCUACUAUGCUGGGUCCAACCCCGACUCCGGUUCGGGUUUCGGCCUUGGAUACAGCAAGUAUGAGAAGUAUGAGAGUCAUGAUGAUCAGAUUGAGGAGAUUAGAUAG